UGUGUGUGUAUGUGUGUUUGACUAAGCUGCCUCGUAUUGUUGAUCCGGAUUGACUUCAAGAGAACCUGACAUUGGAAAAUUAGAAGGAUAGACCUCCGGACAGACCAUAAGAUAAGGUGACACACUGUUGUGACCAGGCUACCUGUGUUGUCUGAGCUCUAAGAUUGGACCACGACCAUGACCCAGCCUCGGCCGGACGAGUUCAAGCCGCCUCAGGAGUGCCCAGUCUUCGAACCAAGCUGGGAGGAAUUUGCCGAUCCUUUUGCUUAUAUAAAUAAGAUACGUCCAAUUGCUGAAAAAACGGGUAUUUGCAAGGUCCGCCCGCCUCGGGACUGGCAGCCUCCAUUUGCAUGUGAUGUUGACAGACUGCACUUCACUCCUCGGAUACAGAGGCUAAAUGAACUGGAGGCACAGACCAGAGUCAAGCUUAAUUUCUUGGACCAGAUUGCAAAGUUCUGGGAGUUGCAGGGGUGUUCUCUGAAGAUUCCUCAUGUGGAAAGGAAGAUAUUGGACCUGUAUCAACUCAACAAGAAUGUUGCAGAUGAGGGUGGAUUUGAUAUUGUGUGUCGCGAUAGACGUUGGACAGCGAUUGCGCUUAAGAUGGGCUUUGCUCCUGGCAAGGCUGUUGGCUCUCACUUACGGUCACACUAUGAGAGACUCCUCUACCCCUACAACCUCUUCCAGAGCGGAGCCAACUUCCUGGCACCAGAGCUUGCGUCCAAGCUGAUGCGUUUAGUGUCUGCUCCUGAACUUGACAAGCUUGUCCAGAAGCCAACCCUGCCAGUUGACACGAGUGACAAGGAGUGUAAACCCCCUGACCUGGCUGAGAGGCAGCAAUUUGUUGAGCCAACCGAGUCCUGCUUCAACAGCGCCUGCAGAGCAAAGCGGAUGAGAGCUGAGGUGGAUGCCCUUGUCGAACAGAGCCUCACACACUUGUCAGAAGAACUCCUCUUAAAACCAUCAGGUUGUGUGAAGACAGAACCAGGAACUGAACCCUGUGAGAACAACAGACCAAAUCUGAGGAGGAGGAUGGGCUCUUUUGUUGCCAAGCCCGAGCCAGAAAAAGAAAUUCCCAUUCUAGUGAAACAAGAACCCAUUGAGCCGGUGAGCGAGGCAGACAAAAACAAGUCUCGAUAUAAGAAAAAACCAAGUCUUGAUGCACCACCUCCUGCAGUGAGUGUAGUGGACCUGUAUAUGUGUCUGGUGUGUGGUAGCGGAAGAGACGAGGAUCGUCUUCUGCUGUGUGAUGGCUGUGACGCCAGUUACCACACCUUCUGUCUCAUACCCCCUCUACACGAUGUCCCCAAAGGAGACUGGAGGUGCCCCAAGUGCCUGGCUCAAGAGUGCAGCAAACCUCAGGAGGCAUUUGGCUUUGAGCAGGCAUACAGGGACUACUCUUUGCAGGCUUUUGGAGAAAUGGCAGACUCCUUCAAGUCUGAUUACUUCAACAUGCCAGUUCAUAUGGUUCCCACAGAGUUGGUGGAAAAAGAGUUCUGGCGCUUGGUGAGCGCCAUCGAAGAGGACGUCACAGUGGAGUACGGAGCAGAUAUAGCCUCCAAGGAGUUUGGGAGCGGAUUCCCCAUCAGGAAUGGAAGAUUUAAGGUUUCAGAAAAGGAUGAGAAGUACCUGAAGUGUGGCUGGAACCUGAACAACAUGGCGAUGAUGGACCCGUCAGUGUUGACUCAUGUCACAGCAGACAUCUGUGGGAUGACUCUACCUUGGCUUUAUGUAGGCAUGUGCUUCUCCUCCUUCUGCUGGCACAUCGAGGACCACUGGAGCUACUCAAUCAACUAUCUGCACUGGGGGGAGCCGAAGACAUGGUAUGGAGCACCUGGCUUUGCUGCAGAACAGCUUGAGGCUGUGAUGAAGAAGCUGGCUCCAGAGCUGUUUCAGAUUCAGCCUGAUCUCCUCCACCAGCUGGUCACCAUCAUGAACCCCAACACCCUCAUGUCCUAUGGGGUCCCGAUUUACAGAACAAAUCAGUGUGCUGGUGAGUUUGUCAUCACUUUCCCCAGAGCCUAUCACAGUGGUUUCAACCAGGGCUUCAACUUUGCUGAGGCUGUCAACUUCUGCACUGUGGACUGGAUGGCAUUAGGCCGACAGUGCGUUGACCACUACAGACUGCUGCAUCGGUACUGUGUUUUCUCCCAUGACGAGAUGAUCUGCAAGAUGGCUUCCAAGGCCAACAGUUUGGAUGUGGUCCUGGCGUCGGCUGUCCAGAAGGAUAUGAAGGACAUGAUCAGAGAGGAACAGGACCUACGAGAUAAAGUCCGCAAGAUGGGGGUGUUGCAUUGCGAGCAGGCGGAAUACGAUCUCCUGCAGGACGAUGAGCGGCAGUGUGCCAAGUGUAGGACCACCUGUUACCUGUCUGCCAUCACCUGCCCCUGCAGCCCCGGCCAGCUGGUCUGUCUCCACCACAUCCAGGACCUCUGCUCCUGCCCCCUCACCAACUACACACUGAAUUAUAGAUUUACACUGGAUGAUCUGUACCCCAUGAUGAACGUGGUGAAGCAGCGAGCUGAGUCCUAUGACGAGUGGGCCUCCCGCGUGACGGAGACUCUGGAGGCUAAACUGGACAAGAAAAAAAGCUUGUCAGUCUUCUGCUCCCUCAUUAACGAAUCAGAGUCCAAGAAGUUCCCUGACAAUGACCUCUUGCGUCAGCUCCGUUUAGUCACACAGGAUGCAGAGAAGUGCUCCUCAGUGGCCCAGCAGCUACUCAACGGCAAAAGGCAGACUAGGUAUCGGUGUGCUGGGGGAAAGACCCAGAGCCAGCUGACCGUGCAGGAGCUGAGGUCAUUUGUCAGGCAGCUUUACAACAUCCCCUGCAGCCUUCCUCAAGCCCCCCAAUUAAAGGAUCUCUUGAAUUGCAUUGAAGACUUCCAGCAGCACAGUGAGAAAGUUCUGAUGGAUGAGGCCACCGGCACAGCGGUCAUCCAGAGUCUUCUAGACAUUAGCUUUGACUUUGAUGUGGAGCUGCCUGAACUUCCAUUACUACGGGAGAGGCUGGAGCAAGCCCGCUGGCUGGAGGGUGUGCAGCAGACCAGAGCCCAGCCCUCCACCCUCACCCUGGAGACCAUGCGGAGGCUGAUAGACCAGGGCGUGGGCCUGACCUCUCACCCCUCCGUGGAUAAGGCCAUGGCUCGUCUGCAGGAGCUGCUCACAGUGUCUGAACAUUGGGAGGAAAAGACCAGCAUCUUCCUCAAGGCCAGGCCCCCCCUCUCUAUAGAAGUCCUCUCGGAAGCAGCUGAGAAGGUGGCGGGGAUCCCUGCUUACCUCCCCAACUGUAUGAUGCUGAAGGACUCCAUCAGUAGGGCAAGGGAGUGGCUUCAGGAAGCUGAGGCACUUCAGGAUGGAGAUUCCAUUCCAUUGUUUGACAACCUCUCUGAAAUGGUUCUACAAGGACAAGCCAUCCCAGUCCAGCUGGACCAUCUAAAGCAGCUGGAGUCCCUGGUAGCAGAGGUGCAGGCCUGGAAAGAGUCUGCAGCUAAAACUUUCCUCAUGAAAAACUCUCACUUUACUCUGCUUGAGGUUCUGUGUCCAAGAUUUGAGGUUGGUGCAGGAGCAGGGUCUCCGAAAAGGAAGUCGAAAAAAGCUAAAGACGGCAGUAAGAAGAAGAUGGUGAAGCUAGACUGUCUCAUUGACGUGGAAAAAGCCCUCUCAGAGACCAAGGACUCUACCUCAGCUCUGGCAACUCUUGGGGAGGUGCGGUUACGGGAGAUGUGGGCCCUCUCAUCCCUCCGGGCAGCUAACGAGUCCAAGCUCCUCCCCACGGCAGACUGCAUGGACCUGAAUGUGUGUGUGUGUCAGAAUCCCCCCAUGGGAGCCAUGUUACAGUGUGAGCUCUGCCGGGACGCCUUCCACAGCGUGUGUGUGAGGGCUCCCUCAGACUCCCGUUCAACCCAGGCCUGGCUGUGUCCAGACUGCCGACGCUCGGAAAAGCCCCCCCUGGACAAGGUCCUGCCCUUGCUUGCGUCACUGCAGCGUAUCCAGGUGCGUCUGCCGGAAGGCGAUGCGCUUCACUAUUUGGUUGAGAGAACAGUCAGCUGGCAACACCGUGCGCGACAGGUCUCUGCCUCCUGUGGCCUUCCAGACCUGGAGGAGAGCUUUGGAACUACAACAUCUCCGGAUGGAAAGCCACCAUGUUUGACUCCAGAGUGGAACAGGACAAGCCAUGAUCAGAUGGUCUUCUACACCGAGCAAAGAUGCAUUCCUCUGCAGGGUCUGAGUGUGGAGCUGGAGGAGCUGAUGGUGGAAGGGCUCCUGCUGCAGGUGUCUCUGCCAGAAAUCACACAACUCUACCAUGUGCUACUGAACGGGCUGAGAACGCACCACACCAACGGACGCACGUCACAGCAAGAUGACGACCCCUCGGACUGUGACAAACGCAAGCAGUGCAACUCUCAGGGAAGAAGCUCUCCACAAAAAGAGGAUGGGCUGAAAAAGGAAGUAGUUAACGGAGCAGAGAAGAAGGCCAAGCGACGCCUGGAGAGGGAGGCUCUAGAGGCAGAGCGCAGGGACAAGGCCAAGAAGCUCCAGAACAAGAGACAGAAAAUGAACAAGGAGAAGAACCUGGAACGCAGGGCGGCCUCGACCUCAUCAUCUCCCCGCUCCGACUUUUCUCAGUCAGACGGCUCUGAAGAGGAGAUGGCCAUGUGUCCAGCAGAGGGAUGCCAGCAGCCAGAAGGAGAUGAGGUGGACUGGGUCCAGUGUGACGGCAGCUGUAACCAGUGGUUCCACCAGGUCUGUGUGGGUGUGACAGCCGAGCUGGCUGAGAAAGAGGACUAUGUGUGUGUCAGCUGUACAAUAAGCAAUGGCCGCUGAGGAUUUUAGGAGAGUGGAUGGAGUUUUGGAAGGAAAGCUGGAAGUCGGACAGUUUUCGGCUUACUCCGUUAGCAACUCGGCCACACAAGUCAGGAUGUCAGACCUAGCCCUCCUUGUCCUCAUCCCCUUUGUAACAAUGGUGCUAUCUCCUCUUUAUUGGGUUGUUGUACGGAACUAUAUUGUUUGGUUACUUUUUUUUGUAUUUUUACAUAUUUUUCUUUCCUCCUUUGAACUGUUUGUGGUUGUGACAUGAUGUGGAGUCAAUGUGCUGCAUGGGUUUCCAUAUCAUGGGUGGUGCAAAGGAGUCAAACAAUAAGGCACCCUGUAAAGAUCCAAGGGUAUAUUGUACUUGGAACUUCCUUGCAUGCAAAACCAGAGACAGAUGGUGUGGGUUAAGGUCCCCUCCUCCCCCUUCCCCUUAAAAAAGAAAAUAAUAAAUCAUGUAAUAGAGAGAACUGUA